CUCUCGGCAGCACAGCUGGAACACACGCCGCUGCAGCCGACCGCGCCACGUCUCUUCGGCUCACUGCUGCCUCUGCUGCCACGUGCUACUCCAGGUCGACAGCUUGCCGGUGAGGUGUCGUGGGGCUGUGAUGUUCCAGCCACUGCUUCUGGUGUUACUGCUUCUUCCGGGACCUGAGCGCUACUGUGCAGCCAAGUACCAAGUGGCGCACACUCUGCGUAUCGCCGGGCUGUUCGAAGAGGGCGCGCCCCCGGAGUGGGCGUUCGCCUUCCAGUCAGCUGUGGACGCCAUCAACCGUCAGACGGCGUCGUGGGCGCCGCAGCGCGUGUUCCGGCCCACGCUGGAGCCCGUCCUCAGGACGCUCAGCCGCGGCGACAGCUUCGGCACCGGCCGCGCAGUGUGCAACCUGACGUCUGAGGGCGUGGCCGGCAUCAUCGGCCCGCGGCAGAGCGCCUCCACGGACAUCGUGCGCUCCGUGUGCGACCGGCUGGAGAUCCCGCAGAUCGUCACCAGCUGGGACCCGCGGCCGCCGCUGAGGCGCGCCUACCAGUUCAACCUCCACCCCGACGCCAAGUUCAUCGCCCAGGCGCUGGUGGACGUGCUCCGAGAGCUGAAGUGGCGGUCGUACACGGUGCUGUACCAGGGCGACGAGUCGCUGGUGCGCCUGCGCAGUGUGUUGCAGGAGAGGGAGCCCCGGGACCCGCCCGUCGCCGUCCGACAGCUCAGCCAAGACGGCGACCACAGACCGCUGCUGAAGGAGAUCAGGCAGUCUGGAGAGACGCGGCUGGUGCUGGACUGCGACACGGACACGGUGCCCGAGGUGAUGCGCCAGGCCGAGGAGAUCAAGCUCAUCGGCGUCUACCAGUCCUACCUCAUCACCUCGCUGGACACGCACACACUGGACCUGGGUCGCUACCAGCAGAGCGGCGCCAACAUCACGACGCUGCGGCUCGUCCAGCCGGACAGCGAGCUCGUGCUGAAGAGCAUGCAGGACUUCCAGUACCUGCGCACGGCGCAGCCCAUCCACAUCAGACCGGAGACUCUGCGGACGGAGACGGCGCUGGUGUUCGACGCGGUGCACGUGCUGGCCAACGCGCUCUUCAAGGGCAGCACGGCGCAGCCGGUGCGCGAGCAGCGCCUGCCCUGCCACGGCGACGUCGGCGCCGUCUGGGACCACGGCAUCGGCGUGCGCGAGUUCAUCCGCGACAUGCGGCACGAGGGCCUGUCCGGCGACAUCCUGUUCGACGCGAGCGGCUCGCGCGUGCACUUCUCCCUGGACGUGCUGGAGUCUUCGUCCAGCGGCUUCCAGCGCGUCGCCACCUGGACUCCGCAAGAGGGCUUCCUCUCGAGCCGCACCGAGACGCAGGCGCAGCGAAAGACGCAGAGCAUCAUAGAAGGCCGACACCUCAUCGUCUCAUCCCGCCUGGAUGCACCAUACUUGCGUAUGAAGGCGCCCACUACACCUCCACGAGUCGGCAACGACCGUUACGAGGGCUACUCCAUGGACCUCAUCGCCAACAUCGCCGAGCUGCUCAACUUCACGUUUGAAUUCAAGCUGGCGCCAGACGGCGAAUACGGAACGUACGACAAGAGGAAGGGCACCUGGAACGGCCUCGUCGGAGAACUCAUCAACGGGAGGGCUGACCUAGCUAUAUGUGACUUGACCAUAACGGAAGAAAGACAGUCUGCAGUCGACUUUACUAUGCCAUUUAUGAAUCUCGGCAUCAGCAUCCUCUACACCAAGCCCGAGAAGCCCCCACCCAACCUAUUUUCUUUUUUGGACCCAUUCACGAUAGAUGUAUGGAUCUACAUGGCAACUGCUUUUCUUGGCGUAUCUGCGAUUUUCUUCGUUUUAGCAAGAAUGGCACCGAAUGAAUGGACGAGACCGCAUCCCUGUGAUCAAGAUAGCUCAGAACUUGAAAACACGUUCAGCUUGAUAAACAUUCUUUGGUUCACAAUGGGAUCUCUCAUGGGUGCCGGAUGCGAUCUCCUACCAAAGGCUGUGUCGACGAGGCUGCUGGCGGGCAUGUGGUGGUUCUUCACGCUGAUCGCGAUCGCAUCGUACACGGCCAACCUGGCCGCCUUCCUCACUAUCAGCAGGAUGGAGUCACCCAUCAACAGCGUCCAGGACUUGGCCAAGCAGACCAAGAUCAAGUACGGCACCUUCGGCAGGGGCUCCACGGCAGCGUUCUUCAAGAAUUCUAACGACUCGUUGUACCAGCGGAUGUGGAUAGUGAUGAAACAGGCACGGCCAGAUGUGUUUACCGACGAUAACCACGAGGGCGUGGAGCGAGUGAAGAAGGGGAAGGGCAACUACGCCUUCUUCAUGGAGUCCACCAGCAUCGAGUACCAGACGGCGCUCAACUGCGACCUGCGCAAAGUCGGCGGGCAGCUCGACUCCAAAGGCUACGGCAUAGCGCUGCCCCGAGACUCGCCGUACCGGACGGCGGUGAGCGGCGCUGUGCUGCAGCUGCAGGAGCGCGGCAACCUGAGCGCGCUCAAGAACCGCUGGUGGAAGGCGCCCGAGGGCAAGGAGUGCGACGAGGACGACCCGGACAAGAACAGCACCGAGCUGGGCAUCCUCAACGUGGGCGGCGUCUUCCUCGUGCUCUUCUUCGGCACGCUCAUCGCUUUCGCCGUCUCUGUGUUGGAAUUCCUCUGGAACUGCCGCAAGAUCGCUGUAGAGGAAAUGAUGACGCCGUGGGAGGCGGUGGUGUCGGAGCUGCGGUUCAUCGUGCAGUGCGGCCUGGACGCGAAGCCGGUGCGCCGGCGGCGGGAGCCGGCGCCCAGCGACUGCAGCGACUCGCGGCUGCACUACGGCAGCCUCUGCAGCAGCGGCCGCAAGUAGGCGGGCGAGGACUCCAGCCAGCGGCGGGCGGCCUGCGGGCAGCCCGGCUACACACACAGUGCCACUGUCGGCGUUCCUGCGGCUCGCUCCUCUUCAUUGUGUAAAUGUAUUCGAGUUUCUAGCCGCGUUAACGAUUGAAUUUUUGCGGACAAUGUUUCGACGGCUCACCCCUUGUCACCUCAGUCAGAUGCCCAGGCAGUGGUCUAACGUCUGUGUGCUGGUCUGAUUCCAACCGCUCCGUGAGCUACCCAUGAAGUAGCACACUGUCUAAAGCCGUAUUGAACACACGUUCCACGCUAUGACUCAAUUUUCUGCCUGUGCUCUUCUGAUAUUCGAUUAAAUAAAUGUCUCCUUGGCUUUUUUUUAUGGCGGAUAAGAUGACCCACAUACAUUGUAAGACAAAAAAAAGACGACGUACCACCAAAGAAUUAUCCGAAUGGGACGGAAACAGGUACACGUGAUGUACAUGUGUCACAUACAGACAAACAAAUACGUACAGUCUCAGAAAAAUUGGAUGAUUUAUUCAAGAGAGAGAGCUUCGCAAAUUGAGCAAGUCAGUAAUGCGAUGGUCCACCUCUGUCCCUGUAAGCAGUAUUUCGGCUUGGUAUUCAUCGAUAGCGUUGUUAAAUUGAAACGUCCCCCUUAGAAAAAUUAUGAAUGACUGUGCUGGUAAACAUCUUACGUUAUUUGAUUUUCAAACAGCUGCGCAAAACUGAACGUACUCAGACAUUUCUCUCUUUACUUAUUCUGAUCACCACUAAAUUCACACACAAUAUUUUUAGCGCAACGCAAUCUGACUUUCAAUAAUCCCCACAAAAGAAUGGCCCUGACUAACAAUAACCUAUACCUUUCAUGAAUCACUUACCUCACAAAAAUCUUCGUUACUCGAACUACUGCAAUACAGCGAGCGCCAAUACUGCUAGCUAAAUAAAAGUCUCUAACUACUGAAGGCACUGACUACUGAUAGGCAUAGUUAGCAAAUGAAAGAUUUUGACAGAGAACAAACAAUGUAUGUACCUUAAUAAUGUUCAAAAGUCAUCAUAUAUAUAAAAAUUCAUGACAUCCAGCUUUACAAAUUUUCCUUUUCUGGCGGACACACGUCCAGGUCGUCCGCUUACAGUAACCUCUCAAAACUUUGGCGUCUCUCUCUCCACAUCCACCACUGCUGGCGGCUCACCUCCAACUGCACAAUGCUACGCGCUGUUCACAUCCGACUGCUCAACACUACAAUAGCGAAUACUUCAACAAUGCCAACCAGCCACAGACUGCGCACAGCACAUUGAGUGAUUUUCGUACUGAGCGCUACGUGGCGUUACCAACAUAAAAACCUAAACAGCCUACUAACAAAAUGUCCUCUUGACCGAUAUUGUGCCAAAUUCUGUACAGUUAGAUCAUCAAAAUCCCGAGCUCGUUGGAGGAGCUUGCCCAUAAUGCUCGAAAGGUUCUCAGUUGGAGAGAGACCUGGCGCUCUUGCUGCCUAAGAAGGGGUUCUACAAGCACUAAUAGAAGCAGUAGAAACCGUGACUGCGAGCGGGCGGUAUAGCCCAGUAUGGCUUGACAUAAACAGCAACAAAAUGGGGCAGAGAAUAUCGUCGACGUACCACUGUGCUGUAACAGUGCCGCGGACGACAACCAAAGGCGUCCCGCUAUGAAAAGAAAUGGCACCCCAGACCAUCACUCCUGGUUGUCGAGUUGUACAGUGGGCGAUAGUAAUGUUAGUAUCCCAUCCCUGCCUGGGACGUCUCCAGAUAUGUCUCCAGCCUGUAAUGGUCUUUGGAGUAGAACUGUCCUCAGUGAUGAGUGCCGCUUAGAAAUGAACACUGAUGACCAGCGAAGACGUGACUGGAGAUGGCUUUGACAGUGGUGGGAUACCAAUUGACGAUGUUCUACGCCCCGUUUUGUUGCCCUUCAUUGCAAGCUACACUGGGCUAACAUUUCAGUAAGAUAACGCCUGCUCACACACCUAGCACAUUGGCCAGCAAGGUCGCCGGGUAUCCCCCCCCCCCCCAAAUUGAGAACUUUUUGACCAUUAUGGGCAGCACCCUCCAACCAUCCAACCAGCUCCAAAUUUUGACGAUCUAACUUGCCAAGUGGACAGAAUUCGACACGAUAACCCUCAGGAGGACAUCCAACAACCCUGUCAAUUAAUGCAAAGCGCAAUAACUGGUUCCAUAGGACCACUGGUGGACCAACGUGUUACUGACUUGCUCAAAUUGUGAAGUUCUUUUUCAUGAGUAAAUCUUCCAAUUUUCUUAAACUGUAAUCAUUUGUUUGUACUUGUACAGCAUAGCUACCGAUUUCUGUCCCAUGUCUCAUUAGGAUAAUCUCUUCGUGGUGUUUUUUCUUUUUUUUUUUUUGUCUUAGAAUGUAGAUGCAGCCGCUCGAAAAAUAACUACGAUACUUAGUUUCACAGAAAUGGAUAUUCGGCUGGACGCAUAGGCCACCAUUGCAACCAAAAUAAGCUUCACAUGUGAA